UCCUUCCCGGCCAUCCCCCGCCGCGAGACCUUCACUCUCAGGCGCCGGGGCCCGAAGUAACGGCAUGGCCGCCGCAUGCUCCCCCGGCAGCGCCAUAGUAACGGGCCGCUUCCUCGUCCUGCACCCGCCCGGCGCUGGGACGACAGUGCGGCUGCAGUCGCCGUCGGUGACGACCGCCACCAAGACGACUUCGGCGAGGUGCGCUGUGGCCGGGUCGUGGACCACGGCGCCUGAGCCCGUGCCGGUGGAGCGGCGCGGGCGGAUGUCGGAGCAGCUGGCUGUGCCACCGGGCAUGGUGGACGAGCUCGUGGAGGAGGCGCUGGUGUGGUGCUCGCAGCACGGCCUCGUCGUCGGGGACAAGAACCACCCGAGAUCUGGAAAAGCACCUGGGGUAGGUCUACUACAUGCACCAUUUUCUCUUUUGCCAAUGUCAUUUCCCAGAUUUUAUUGGGAUCAGGCGCUUGAGUUGGCUCCGCUGUUCAAUGAGCUUGUUGAUCGUGUGAGCUUGGAUGGGGAGUUCUUGCAACAGAGUUUGGCAAGGACGAAACAGGUUGAUUUGUUCACUAAAAAGCUUUUAGAUAUACACUCGGAGAUGAUGGAACUGAAUAAGAAAGAGGAAAUUCGUUUAGGCCUUACCAGGUCAGACUAUAUGGUAGACGGAGCUACUGACAUGCUUCUUCAAGUGGAGCUCAACACAAUUUCUACAUCUUCCAAUGGUCUCGCUUGUGGUGUAUCCGAACUUCACAGAAACCUGAUUCGAAUGCAUGAGAGGGAAAUUGGUUUGGAUCAAGCAAGUAUCGUUGGAAACACAGCUAUCACCCAACAUGCUGAAGCGUUAGCCAGAGCAUGGGCUGAAUACAACAACCCAAGUGCAGUAGUUCUGGUAGUUGUUCAACAAGAAGAGAGGUAUAUGUAUGAUCAGUAUUGGAUCACAGUUGCCCUGAAAGAAAGGUAUGGGGUGAGAACUAUCCGCAGAACUCUGGCGGCAAUAGAAGCAGUAGGGGAGCUCCGUUCUGAUGGAACACUGAUGGUAAAUGGGUGGCCGGUUGCUCUUGUCUACUUCAGAGCAGGUUACUCACCGAACGAUUACCCUUCAGAAGCAGAAUGGAGAGCAAGAAGUUUAAUUGAGCGUUCUUCUGCAAUCAAGUGCCCUUCGAUAUCAUACCAUCUUGUUGGGACAAAAAAGAUUCAACAGGAACUGGCAAAGGAAAACGUUCUUGAAAGGUUCCUCGACAACAAAGAUGAUAUCGAAAGAGUACGACAAUGCUUUGCAGGAUUGUGGAGCUUGGAAAAUGACAGCAUAGUGAUGUCUGCAAUUGAAUCUCCAGAGUUGUUUGUCCUUAAACCGCAAAGGGAGGGUGGAGGGAACAAUAUUUAUGGUGAUAAUCUCCGUGAAACAUUGGUUCGGCUACGGAAUGAUGGAGGCAAUGAGCUUGCAGCAUACAUCCUAAUGCAAAGGAUAUUUCCUCCAGCAUCACCCUGCUAUCUUGUUCGCGAGGGAACGUGGGCUAAGGAAAAUGCAGUUUCUGAAUUUGGGAUAUUUGGAGCCUAUCUACGGAACAAAGACCAGGUCAUAAUAAAUGACCAGUGUGGUUAUUUGAUGAGAACCAAGGCUGCUACAAUAAACGAAGGUGGUGUGGUCACUGGAUAUGCUUUUCUAAAUAGCAUCUUCUUGACCUGAGAAGGAUUGUUAGUUAUAAACGGCAGAGUGGUGGAUAUGGAUCGACAGACACUACCUGAGGAAACUGCUGGUUCGUUCAGUUGAUAUGAAUCCGCGUUCGCUGAAAUGAGUAAACGUAUAUGGGAUAGGAUGUUGCAAUCUGCAGCCUGUGUCUGUGUAUUCUAAAUUUCUGACUUCAUUAAAACAUUGCAUAAAGAACAACUCUGCAGCAGUCUCUGCAUAUGUGCAAUCUGUAAAACAAAUGCGAUGCAAAUGAAAUGUGAUAGUUGUUCGAAU